GAGUCAGUAGUCAUACAGCAGACAUUAAAGUGUUGUGUAUAUAGUUUUAGAGAUGGUGUAUAGUUGGAACGAUUUACAAUUAGUAUUUAAGUCUUUGGUGUAGUAGUUGCAGCACAAUAAAAAUAUAUCAAGUAUAUCACUAUUCACUUUUCACUACGAAUGUUAGUAACUCAGUAUUUGUGUUAGUGUUAGAAUGUUGGGCAUGGUGUUCUAAUAAUAGUGUAAAAAAUUUUUUAGUUUUAAUUAUUAUUUAUUUAUAUAAUACAAAAACGUAAUUAGCGACCAGAAAAAAAAUCGUGGAAAAAAUAUUUCUAACAAAAUGCCACCAAAUAUAACAACAGAGACAUGUACUCCAAAACCUAGUGAUAAUGUAUUAAACAGUGAAGAUAUUGUUGUUGACAAAAGUAGUGAUAAAAUUAAAGAUGAUUUCCCAACACCAUGGAAUCGACGGUUUUUAUGGCGAAAUAUAGCUGUAUUUGGACCAUUACACGUGUUAUCAUUUUAUGGUCUAUAUUUAGUAUUCACGUCUGCACGAAUUUAUACAACUAUAUUUGCGUUGGUUCUACAUCAAUUAGGUAUAUUUAGUGUCACAGCCGGUGCCCAUCGUUUAUGGUCACAUCGAGCCUAUAAAGCAAAAUGGCCAUUAAGAUGUUUGCUAAUAUUUAUUCAUUGGUGCACUUUCCAAGAUGCCGUUUAUAUUUGGGCAUAUCAUCAUCGAAUUCAUCAUAAAUUUAGUGACACAGACGCAGAUCCACACAAUGCAAAACGCGGAUUCUUUUUCUCCCAUAUGGGUUGGUUAUUCUGCGAAGGUCAUCCCGAUUUUGAAACCAAAAAAAAAGUAAUAGAUUUGACUGAUUUACAUCAAGAUAAAAUUCUUAUGUUCCAAUACAGACAUUAUCUAAAAGUGAUGCCAUUUUUGUCAUUUAUAUUACCAACACUUUUGCCAAUGGUUUUAUGGGAUGAAACACUCUGGAAUUCAUUUUUCGUGAAUAUUUGGCGUUACGCAAUUACUUUCCACGUUACUGUUUGUAUUAACAGCUUUGCUCACACUUAUGGAUCACGUCCAUAUGAUAAGGAAAUAAUGCCAACAGAAAGUUAUUCAUUAGCAUGGGUAACACUUGGCGAAGGUUGGCAUAAUUACCACCAUGUGUUCCCAUGGGAUUAUAAGGCAGCCGAAUUCGGUGGAAGUCGUGUCAAUCCCACCACAGUCUUAUUGAAUUUCUUCGCUAAAAUUGGCUGGGCGUACGAUUUAAAAACAGUAACCGAUGAAGGUAUCAAAAAACGAGUAAUGCGAACAGGUGAUGGUACACAUCCUGUAUGGGGAUGGGGUGAUCCAGAACAAACAAAAGAAAAUGCCAACGCUGCGACUAUUUUACACAAACAAGAAGAUUAUUCAUGGGGAUGGGGAGAUGAAGAUGGCAAAUUGGCAACGGAAAGUGUUAAACAUGCAGCAACCUUACAUCCAGACACAAAAGAAAAAAAUAGUUAAAUUUAAUAUUAAUGGUUUAUUUAUUUGCAAUUAUU